AUGAAAAUAUUCCCCCGAAGCAGCCUUAUAAUGAGGGUGUUCGUAGUAUUUGCAGGAUUUAUAGCCAUCUGUGCUGGAACCUCGUAUUCUCCAGUGCCAGGAAAUAACAGCCUUUACGUAGAAGGUGAAAGCCGUUAUAUUUGGAUGCCGGAUGGCGAGGGUGUUCCUCACCUGGUUGACUUACAUGAACCAGUAGAUGAAGAUUUUUUCAAUUCAAGGAACGGAAACGACAACCAGUACUGGCUGUUUACAAGACAAAACCGCAACAGCAGACAAAUACUUCAAAAUGGAAACGCUAACUCUGUACGCAACUCGAACUACAGAGGAAAUCGUCCUACCAAGGUCAUCGUUCACGGAUGGAGAAAUAACGGAAACACUCACAUGAACCCAAUGAUCACUGAAGCCUUCCUCGCUGUCACGGACUGUAACGUGAUUGUCGUAGACUGGAAUCGUCUCGCUAGUCAAGGAUAUAACACUGCUGCAAGAGGAGCGCCAGAUGUUGGAAAUCAUUUGGGUCGCUUUAUUCAAUUUCUGUUUAACACCGCUGGUGGAAACUGGAACGAUCUCCAUCUAGUUGGCUUUAGUUUGGGAGCUCAUAUUGUUGGUAAUGCUGGACGCCAGGUCGGCGGACGUGCUCGCAGAGUGACAGGCUUGGACCCAGCUGGUCCUACCUGGGGUGGAAACAGUCAAGCGCUCAACCGAAACUCUGGUAGAUAUGUUGAGGCAAUCCACACCGAUGGACGUAUACUUGGUAUCAUGGAUCCUAUAGCACAUGCAGACUUCUACCCCAACGGUGGAAGAAAUCCUCAACCUGGAUGCAGUAUCAGCACAUGCUCGCAUGGACGAGCAACUGAAUUCUUUGCUGCUACUGUUCAACGUGGCCAUCUGGUUGGGCGACUAUGCUCUAAUAUAUCGGAAGCUGAGCGGUCUAAUUGCAAUGGCAGGCAAUUACACAUGGGUAACGCGAAUCUCGGCAAACAGGGUAACGGCUUAUACGGUUUAAGGACUGGAGCAAGCUGGCCCUUCUAA